ACCAGCAACAAGCCACAGAGACCAGAUCACCUGCCGCUCAGAGACAGACAUGGGCAGCAAACUCACUAAGACUCAGUCAGAGGAGUCAGAACUCAGGAUUGUACUUGUUGGGAAAACUGGAGCUGGGAAAAGUUCAUCAGGAAACACUAUCUUAAAGAAGAAGGUUUUUCAAUCCGAGAUGUCUUCUUCUUCAGUGACAUUAAAGUGUCUGAAGAAAACAGCAGAGUUUGAUGGUCAAACACUGGCGGUUGUUGAUACUCCAGGUCUGUUUGACACCAGUAAAACUCAAGAGGAGGUGAAAAAGGAAAUCACGAAAUCCAUCUCAUUGGCUGCUCCAGGUCCUCAUGUGUUCCUGGUUGUGCUCCAGCCGGGUAAAUUCACAAAAGAAGAACGAGAAACAGUGAAAAUCAUUCAGAUGGUGUUUGGAAAAGAGGCAGCAUCUUACACCAUGGUCUUGUUCACCCGUGGAGACCAGCUGGAGAAGGACAGAGUCUCUAUAGAAGAUUUCAUUGGUCAAAAUAAGACUCUCAGUGAGUUCCUCGGUCAGUGCCUUGGAGGAUACCACGUUUUCAACAACAGAAAGAAGAAACCAUCUCAAGUCCGUGAGCUGCUGAAGAAGAUCAACACCAUGGUUCAGAGAAAUGGAGGAAACUACUACACUAACAAAAUGUUCCAAGAGGCAGAAAGAGCAAUAAAGGAAGAAAUGGAACGUCUUCAGAAAGAAAAUCCAGAUAUGGAGCCUGACGAGGCGAGAAGAAGGGCAGAGGAAGAUAACCCCUUUACACGGGCCGUUCUACAGGGGGUUUCAUUAGGAGCAAGUUUAGGAGCCGCUGCUGGAUCCGUGGGGGGUCGAAUGGGAAGUGCACUGGGAGCUGCGGUGGGGGCUGCGGUGGGAGCUGCGGUGGGGGCUAUAACUGGAGCAGUGAAAACUAAUGCAUGUGCUACACAGUGAUAUUUUUAAUUAUAAUAUAUAAUUAGCGAUCAUCAGCAGCUCAUUACAACAAUAUUAAAAUGAUAUAAAGGGAAAAUAAUCAUGGUAACUGUGUGUAACUUUGUUUUGAUCACAUCUCGUUUAUUUUUCUGCUUCUGUUCUUGAACGCAUCAUCUUCACCAGCAGGUAGUUUUCUGUUAAUGUUAGAGAUCAUCCGCAUUUUAGUUUCAAUAAUCAUUAUUCAACAUGUGAUUAAAGAGACACUGGUGAUCUCUUCAGUCCAAAACAAUCCACGUCAUAUUCUGUAAUAUGUGAUUUAAAGUCACUGAAGAAUCUGGACGCACUGCACUUUAAUUAAUUAAUUAAUUAAUAAACCUAUAAAGAGAAAGUCCUUUAAGCUUAUUGGUGCUAUUAACUCUUGUUCUAUAUUUUUCAGUGAAGAAACUUUGUCCUCCUCCAAUAACUAAGACUCUAUAAUACAACUGCCCAGUGAUACAGUUUGAAAUUUGGACAUGCCAAUCUCCCACUGGAUUUUAUAUUGUGUCGUUUACUGUUCCAAACAUAGCUUCGUAGUAGUGAGUCCAGUUUUUGUCAAGACGUUCACUUUGAUGUGACGACAUAUGAACUGUGGCUGAUGAUGGCAGGUGUUUCCAUCUAUUAUUAUCUUCUAUUUUUGUCAAAGUUAAAUAGUAGUUUGUUUCAGCCACAGACGACAGGGAAGUACCAACUUCAAUACUUCAAGUAGAGGACUUCAUUUGUCACGUUAUCUGAAGAAGGAGAGACACCUUAUUUUUGUCUACAUUAAUCAGCAUCAGUACUGAUUUUAGCAGAUUAACUUUGUAUCCUCAAAGAUAUUCAGAUUACUCUAGUGUUUUUAAAACAUAGGGGAGCGUUUGUUGAACAUCUGCCACAUAAACUAAUGUGUCGUCAGCAUAAAAUGAUAUCAAAUGUGAUGUUGCGCCUAAUGUAAGAUCUGAGGAGAGUUUCUCAUUAAUUGUACCAAUGGGUCGAUAGAUAUGGUAAAGGCUAAUUAUUUUCCCAACUACCGUGUCAAGACUAUUGACUUCAGAAAAUAUCUUGAGGUCGGCAUUUAUCAAUGAGAUUAAAUGGUAACUGGCACAUUCCAAGACAUCCUUAUGGCCUAAGGUAUAACUGUGAUCAGGGCUGAGUUUAGAUCUUUAUGGAAAGCACCACUUUCAACUGAAUAAUGUAAUGUUUCUAACCUCACUCGUCCAAGAAUAUAGAAGUAAAUUCCAGCGGUAUCCCACCUAUGUCUGAUGUAUGGCCCUCAUUUGAAGCUUUGGCUGCUCAUCCAGUGUAUUAGGAGAGUUUAGCAUUUGAAUACAGUUUUACUUUUUGAAUAUCUUGUUUAUUUCCUUCAUUGAUGAUAGUACUCCAUGUUCAACACAUCUAAUCACUGGUAUAGACCUUUGAACUUCUUGUUUGAGAGAUAGUGAUGGCUCAGUCUGGUCAUUUGUAUCAUAUAUUCUGCCUUGUUUCUUAAUAAAUCCUUAUUUUGAGUUCA